CAUAUAUAUGUAUAACUGAAUCACUGCUGUACACCCGUAACUUUUACAAUAUUUUAAAUCAACUCUACUUCAAUUAAAAAAAAAAAAUCAUUUAGCGACCAAAGCUAAAUAGGCCCUGACUUUGUGAGCCCCUGCCCUCCAGGAUUACCCUGCAGUGGUGUUCAUUCUAGUGCCCUGGAAGGGGGCACAGACGCAGGUCCUCUGGCCUCACCUUGCUGGGACACGCCAUCCAGCUGUGUGUCUCGGGAGGAGAAGAGAACAGGCAUUCACAGGAUGGAAACGAGGAAAGGAAAUCAGCUGACGCAGGAGCCCGAGUGAGACGAAGAAAACCCACAAGCCCAGCCUACGCCAUGAACUUGUGUCUCCUUUGCACACUGUAAGAGCCCAGGGCAGGUGAAGUUGCCAGAGAGCAAUGGCUCUCUUUACUCCAUGGAAGCUGUCCUCUCAGAAGCUGGGCUUUUUCCUCGUGACUUUUGGCUUUAUUUGGGGUAUGAUGCUCUUGCAUUUUACCAUCCAGCAGAGAACUCAGCCCGAGAGCAGCUCCAUGCUUCGGGAACAGAUCCUGGACCUCAGCAAGAGGUACAUCAAGGCGCUGGCAGAAGAAAACAGAAAUGUGGUGGAUGGGCCCUACGCGGGGGUCAUGACAGCUUACGAUUUGAAGAAGACUCUUGCUGUGUUGUUGGAUAACAUUUUGCAGCGCAUUGGCAAGUUGGAGUCAAAGGUGGACAACCUCGUAAUCAAUGGCACAGGGACAAACUUGACCAACUCCACCACAGCUGUUCCCAGCUUGGUAGCACUUGAGAAAAUUAAUGUGGCAGAUAUCAUUAAUGGAGCUCAAGAAAAAUGCGUACUGCCUCCUAUGGAUGGCUACCCCCACUGCGAGGGGAAAAUCAAGUGGAUGAAAGAUAUGUGGCGCUCGGAUCCCUGCUACGCAGAAUACGGAGUGGACGGGUCCACCUGCUCUUUUUUUAUUUACCUCAGUGAGGUUGAAAAUUGGUGUCCUCAUUUACCUUGGAGAGCAAAAAAUCCCUAUGAAGAAGCUGAUCGUAAUUCAUUGGCAGAAAUUCGUACGGAUUUUAAUAUUCUCUACAAUAUGAUGAAAAAGCAUGAAGAAUUCCGAUGGAUGAGACUACGGAUCCGGCGAAUGGCUGAUGCGUGGAUCCAGGCAAUCAAGUCCCUGGCAGAGAAGCAGAAUCUUGAAAAGAGAAAGCGGAAGAAAGUCCUUGUUCACCUGGGCCUCCUGACUAAGGAAUCUGGAUUUAAGAUUGCAGAGACAGCUUUCAGUGGUGGCCCUCUUGGUGAAUUAGUUCAGUGGAGUGAUUUAAUUACAUCUCUGUACUUACUGGGCCAUGACAUUAGGAUUUCAGCUUCACUGGCGGAGCUCAAGGAAAUAAUGAAGAAGGUUGUAGGAAACCGAUCUGGCUGCCCAACUAUAGGAGACAGAAUUGUCGAGCUCAUUUAUAUUGAUAUUGUAGGACUCGCUCAAUUCAAGAAAACUCUUGGACCAUCCUGGGUUCAUUACCAGUGCAUGCUGCGUGUCCUGGACUCAUUCGGCACAGAACCAGAGUUCAACCAUGCCAACUAUGCCCAGUUGAAAGGCCACAAGACCCCCUGGGGCAAGUGGAAUCUGAACCCGCAGCAGUUUUACACCAUGUUCCCUCACACCCCAGACAACAGCUUCCUGGGGUUCGUGGUUGAGCAACACCUGAACUCCAGCGAUAUCCACCACAUUAACGAAAUCAAGAGGCAGAACCAGUCCCUUGUGUACGGCAAAGUGGAUAGCUUCUGGAAGAAUAAGAAGCUCUACUUGGACAUCAUUCACACAUACAUGGAAGUGCAUGCGACUGUUUACGGUUCCAGCACAAAGAACAUUCCCAGUUACGUGAAAAACCACGGGAUCCUCAGUGGACGGGACUUGCAGUUUCUUCUCCGAGAAACCAAGCUGUUUGUUGGACUUGGGUUCCCUUAUGAAGGCCCGGCUCCCUUGGAGGCCAUUGCAAAUGGAUGUGCUUUUCUGAAUCCCAAGUUCAACCCACCCAAAAGCAGCAAAAACACAGACUUUUUCAUUGGCAAGCCAACUCUGAGAGAGCUGACCUCCCAGCAUCCUUAUGCCGAAGUGUUCAUCGGCCAGCCACACGUCUGGACUGUUGACCUCGAUAAUCAGGAGGAGGUGGAGGACGCCGUGAAAGCAAUUUUAAGUCAGAAGAUUGAGCCGUACAUGCCAUAUGAAUUCACAUGCGAGGGGGUGCUACAGAGAAUCAACGCUUUCAUCGAAAAACAGGACUUCUGCCAUGGGCAAGUGAUGUGGCCGCCUCUGAGUGCCCUGCAGGUAAAGCUUGCUGAGCCCGGGCGGUCCUGCAAGCAGGUGUGUCAGGAGAAACAGCUCAUCUGUGAGCCUUCCUUCUUCCAGCAUCUCAACAAGGACAAGGACUUGCUGAAGUACGAGGUGACCUGCCAAAGCUCAGAGAUGGCCAAGGACAUCGUGGUGCCCUCCUUCGACCCCAAGAACAAGCACUGUGUGUUUCAGGGUGACCUCCUGCUGUUCAGCUGUGCCGGCGCCCAUCCCAGGCACCGGAGGAUCUGCCCCUGCCGGGACUUCAUCAAGGGCCAGGUGGCUCUCUGUAAAGACUGUCUCUAGCAGCAACCGGCUCGUCCCCGCACGCACUCUCCUGGGGAAGACGGUGGCUCCAGCCCCAUCGGGGCAAGGCCGAGCACCUUCAUGUGAAGAUAUGGAUGGAUGUAGAGAGACUCAAGACUUCUUUAGGAAGGUAGGAAUUUUCCUAAAGCGGAGGGCGGGUUCCUUUCCUUCUUGUGGGCUUCAACAAAAAAAUGGAAAACCAAGUUUUUAUAGCAAAAGGCCAAAUUAGCUGUCUAGUGUCCGAUGCAGAAAAAAACUACCCUAGCUUUCUUAGCACGUAGGGUUUUUGCGAGGAUUCAGUUUAGCAGUGAAUUAGCAGUGUUUAGCAGUGUCUGGCAUAUAGUAAGCCCUAGUAAGUGUUAAAUAUUGUUGUUAUUCGCCUUUCAUAAAAUUCGAGAAAGAGCUGAGCUCACUUCUUAUCAUUGAUUCAGAAGUAAUACCUACAGGAGAAUACUCCAAGUUGAUGGAAUGUUGUAGGACAUGGUGGUGGAAGGUACCCGAGUCCUGUGUCCACCCUGCUGGUUAAAAUGCACUGACUGGAAAAUAUGCCUGACUUCAGCCCCAGAUGGAACUGGGCCACAAGAAUUAGCAAACUGAACAUAAGAGGAUGACCUCUGGCCACAUGCUGGACCGCACCCCACUCUUAUCUUCUGGACCCUUCCAGGGUUUUUCUUUGCAGGACUUGGUGAGCUGGAAAUUAAAAUGAAUUCUCUGACAGACUGUCCCCUUAAAGUUACCCAUCUUCCUCUGAAAUGCAAUGAUAGAGGCGUUUCUGUUUUUUAUUGAAGGGGAAAGGAAAUGACCAAUUGAACUUAAUCGCUCCCCAGGAAGCCCCUUUUGGCGCCCCCUGCUGGCCAGGGUGGCUCCUGCACUGUCCAGUCCAAGAGGAUCAGCCUGGUUAGUCGUUACGUUUCUCUCACAUUAAAGGUUAUUCUAUGGGAGUGGCAGGGGCGUCUUCAGAGCUCCAAGAGGCUGCUCGGGGCUUAAUGAUAUUUUCCCAGAUCACCUGAAUGUCAGUUUGUGUUUUUUGUUUUUGUUUUUUUCCGGGGGUGGGGGGGUUGGUUUCAGCCUCUUGCUUCCCUAGAUAGGUUUAGAAUUUUAUCUCCUCUCCUAUCUUGGCCCUAUUCUGCAUAGAUUACAUUUGUGGAAAAUGGAGGAAUAUGUUGGAGUCCGGUGUCUUUUUCAGAUCCUUUGGAUUCUCUUCAACUGAAUCAGCAGGUCAUUUAAGAUUGGAAUUUACCUUCUUCAAAGCAUCAUUGCCUCUAUUUUUCCCAGAUCUUGUGGAGCCUUCAGAUUACCCCCCAACCCCCUGCAUCCGGUGAGGCACGGCAAAGGGA